AAGAAUGACAAGACAGGAAAAAAAUGAAAACCCUAUGGCUACCCAUUAAAACUAAUAACAAAUCCAAACUUACAUUAAAACACCCUCAAAGUGGCUGUGCUUUGCUCCAUCAUUAAGGAACCUCAAAAAGUCCAAACCCCUUCCUUAUUUACACCCUUUAUUUGUUUGUUUGUAUGUUUAUCUUCUUCUUCUUCUUCUUCUGUUUUGUCUUUGUUCGUCCUUAUGAAAUCUUGAAAGGGAAAGCCUUUCUCAAUAAACUCUACAAAAGGCACUUCCUUUUUUUCAACUACUCAUUUAGUUUGGUUCAGUCAUUUUCACAAGUGCAAAUCAAGGGAAAGAGGGAGAGAGGGAAGGAAGAACAAUGGAAGGGGAAAGGAGAAGGAGGAGGAGGAGUUUCAAAGAACGGCUGGGAUUUAAAGUGAUGGGUUGUUGUGGUGGGUCUAAAUGGGGAUUCGGGUCAACGACCAUGAGCCUCAGAGACGAAGAUGAAGCUGAAAUAGAAGAAGAGGAAGAACGAGUAGCAGCAGCGGAUCCAGGUUGCGUCAACCCGGCUCCGGUUCCGACAGGCAUGAACCUAGCCGCUGCUUUAGCAGCCGAGCGACAUUAUCGGGCAUCGGGGUCGCCGACAAGUAAUGUGGGUGGGGGGAGAACACCAGGGACGCCGCUAAGGGUAUCGUUGAUGAGGCUGUUGGAGGAGGCGGACGGCGGCGGAGGUGAGGAGGAGGAAGAAAAAGGGAGGAGGAUGGAAAUGGGGAGUGAUAGGAUAUGCUGCGUGUGCAUGGGGAGGAAGAAAGGUGCGGCUUUUAUCCCAUGUGGGCACACUUUUUGCAGGGUGUGUUCGAGGGAAGUGUGGUUGAAUCGAGGGAGUUGUCCCCUCUGCAACCGUUCCAUCCUCGAGAUUCUUGACAUUUUCUGAAUCCUAUCAUCCAUUGCUCUUACAUCAUCUUCUUCAUGAUGAUAAUGGUCAUGGUCAAUGGCUGAAUAAGACUCAUCAAGGAGUCUAGUAUUUUUUAUUUUUUAUUAUUCAAAAAUAUUAAUCUUGUUAAAAUUAUUCUAUUAAAUUUAAGUUUAUUACAAUAUUAUUUUUUUA